UACCUGCCUGUUCGCACAUUUCGGCUGGCUUUGUGAUCAUCACCACCACCAUGUCCUCUCACUGUGAUCAGGCUGAGCUCCGCAAGAUGGAGGAAGACCUUCAAGGCCCAGAAGAGGCCCCAGGCCUAGCUGGGGGGCAGCAGUCAGGUGCAAGGGAAGGAGUAUUCUCUUCUUCCUCCUCUGCAUCUGCCCUGUCUCCGGACACCCUUCUCAGGGAAGCUGCUACAGGUGUUCCUGGGGCUCUGGAGAGUCCUCCAAGGGCCAGUUGCUCCCCGAGAGCUGCGGCUGACACUGAGUGGCGACAACCCCAGGAGGUGAUCACUGACAGCCAGUCAGAAGAGGAAGAGGAGGAUGUGGAGGAGGAGGUAGAGAAUGCCCACAAUCAGCCUGAGGAGGAAGACCCCAGAAACGCAGAAGAGGAGGGAGCAGUUGGUCCCAGGCAGGAGGCAGCAGGAGCCCAGUUCGCCCACUUUCAGGAAUUAUUGUAUACAAAGAUGGCCGACCUGGUGUCUUUCCUGCUGAACAAGUACCGCAGGAGGGAGAUAUCCACCCAGGUCGAGAUUCUGAAUCAAGUCCUUGAUGAGGAGCAGGAGCACUUCCCUCUCAUCUUCAGGCAGGCCCGCGAGUGCUUGCAGCUGGUGUUUGGCAUCGAUGUGCAGGAGGUAGACCCCCCGGGCCUAUCCUGGGUCCUGGCUCCCACCCUGGGUCUUACCUACGAUGGGUUGACCGAGGCUGAGGACAGUGUGCCCAAGACUGGCCUGCUGGUGAUGGUGCUGGGUGUCAUCGUCCUGCAGGGCGACUGCGCUUCUGAGGCGGACAUGUGGGAAUCACUGAAUUUGAUGGGGCUGAGUGCUGGGAGGGAGCAUUACAUUUUUGGGGAGCCCCGGGAGCUUCUCACUAAUGAGUGGGUGCAGGAGCAGUACCUGGUAUACCAGCGGGUGCGCGGCAGCCGGCCUGCCCACUAUGAGUUCCUGUGGGGUCCCCGGGCACAUGCGGAGACCAGCCGCCAGAGAGUUCUGUAUCGUCUGUUCAUGGUCUAUAGCAUGAAUCCUGGAUGCUUCCUUGCUCUGUCUGGAGAGGAGAUUAACUAAGUCUUUGAGCCAACGUGUAGAGUACAAAGUCCUAGGUGGAAGCAUCCAGGUUAAGCUGGGAAACCAGUGCAGAGAAUAUCUUUGGGUUUGUGUUUUCUUUGAUAUGUUUGAUAUGUAAACAUUUUUCAAAUUUUCUUUUAAUGGAAGAUGUAACUAGCUUUAACAUUUAAGUUUGUGGUCCAAUUUAAAUGGAAGAUCAAAAUUAAUAGAUCACACAUAUACUUCUAAUUAGCCAGUUCAUCUAAAAGUGUUUUUGCUAUUUUGUAAAACAAGUCAGGAAAACCUCAUCUUAUUUUGUGAUCAGGAACUAGAAAACAUGGCAUUACAACUGGAAUUUUCUUGGAAAUGUUAAAGAACCUAGCAAGAAAUGUACUUGACAAGUAGAAAAAUGACUGUACAGGAGAGUUAAAUCGUUUUACCUGUUUUAUGUUCAUUUAGAAAUUAAAAUAUGUUAUCUGGA